UCUCAGAGCGCUGCCUGGUGCCUGCUGUCCAGCGCCAAGCUGUGGGAAGAGGUACUGGAAAAGAUUGCAAGCAUUUCUACCCUUAACCCAGGACAAGCUAGCUGAAAUCCUCACCUCAAGCUCACACUUCUACGUUUUACUGACGUAGUUCAGCUAAAUAUUUUUCCUGCGAACUGAUGAUUAAACAGAUCUAACACUGCGGACAUGGACAGUGUGAAGGCAGGCAUGACCACGGUUUGGCUGGUGCCUGCUGUGGUGGUGGUCACAGCAGGGGUAUUCUAUCUGUACAGUCUGAUCCUCCAGCUGCUGAACAAAACCGCACUGCGAAACAAAGUAGUGCUAAUAACAGAUUCAGCGUCGGCUCUGGGGAAGGAGUGUGCAAAAGUCUUCCACAAGAGGGGAGCGCGGCUGAUUCUUUGUGGGAAGAACUGGGAAAAGCUUGAGGCUCUUGCAGAGCAGCUGGCCAAUGAAUCAGAUCCAACUUUAACGUUCCCACCCAAGUUAGUAGAGCUGGACUUUAGCGACAUGAAGUCAAUGCCAGAUGUGGUCUCAGACGUGCUGGACUGUUAUGGCUGUGUGGAUGUGCUCAUCUUCAACAGCAGCAUGAAAGUGAAGGCGCCGGUACAGACACUGUCUCUGGAGAUGGACAAGCUGGUUAUGGAUGCCAACUACUUUGGACCAAUCACAUUGGCCAAAGGUGUUCUACCCUCUAUGAUCACCAGAAGAUCUGGCCACAUCAUCCUGGUCAACAGCAUUCAGGGAAAACUGACUGUGCCUUUCCGCACCACCUAUGCUGCCUCUAAACAUGCAGUGCAGGCCUUCUUCGACUGUCUGAGAGCUGAAGUACAAGAGUACGGCAUAUCUGUUAGCACUCUCAGUCACACUUUUAUAAAAGCUGCUCCCUCAGCCAAACAAACCCCCACAACAAAUUCCAUCUUGUCAGUCCUCACCAGACAGAAACCUCAUGGCGUUUCACCGGAGGAGAUGGCCGGUGAGCUUCUGAAAACUUUGAGCAGCAAGAAGAAUGAAAUCAUCAUGGCGCACUCCAUCUCCAAAGCAGCUAUCUACGCAAGGUCCAUCUUCCCCAACUUCUUCUUUGCUGUAAUGGCGGCCGGAGUGAGGAGCACUGCAGCUAUGGAGCAUGUACAGUGAGGGAAAACAGUAUUACUUGAGAUGCAGCCUACAUGAGAACAAACUGUAUUUGUCAGAAUGGUUUGGAGGUUUGGUAGGUAAGGACUGAAAUGGGAACUGUGGGCAGAUGCCGAUAUUUUUCACAUGUAUCUGCUGAUGUCGAUACAUCAAAAUCUAAGUGGAUUAUAAUUACAGGGGAAUUAUUUUUAUAAAGGAAUAUAAAUAAAAAUGUAGUCCAAUGUCAUCUAAACAUUCUGCUCUUCCAAAGUAUAAUAAAGAUAUAAAAUAUUGGUUUGAA